CUAAGGACAGGGGCGCUGCGUCGGCCCGUAGGUGGAGCAGUUUGCAAGGCCUCGCCCGCCGCCGGAACUGCGCGUCUUCCGCGGAGCCCAGGCAACUGCCGAGCCAAGUAGCACCUUCCCAGCCCGCGCUAUGCUGCGCGCUCUGACGCUCCUGCGCCCUUGGAGGCCCCUUGGGGUCCGCGGCUGCACCUCCGAUGGGACUUCAGGGGGCCAUGAAAUCCAAGUGCGCGCCCUGGCGGGUCCCGACCAAGGAAUCACUGAGAUUCUGAUGAACAGACCCCAUGCCCGCAAUGCCCUGGGAAACAUCUUCGUCAGCGAGAUGCUGGAUGCUCUGGCCAGGCUACGGGAGGACCAGAAAGUGCGUGUCCUGCUCUUCAGAAGUGGAGUGAAGGGUGUGUUCUGUGCAGGUGCGGACCUGAAGGAGCGGGAGCAGAUGAGUGCAGCAGAGGUGGGGGUCUUUGUCCAGCGACUCCGAGGCUUGAUGAAUGACAUUGCCUUCCCAGCACCCACCAUUGCAGCUAUGGAUGGGUUUGCCUUGGGCGGGGGCCUGGAGCUUGCCCUGGCCUGUGACCUCCGAGUGGCAGCUUCCUCUGCAAUCAUGGGACUGAUUGAGACCACUCGAGGGCUCCUCCCAGGGGCAGGAGGGACUCAGAGGCUGCCCCGCUGCCUGGGGGUGGCCCUGGCGAAGGAGCUCAUCUUCACAGGCCGACGUCUGAGUGGCGUACAGGCCCACGCACUGGGACUAGUGAAUCACACCGUGGACCAGAACAAGGAAGGUGAUGCUGCCUACCAUCGGGCACUAGCACUGGCUCAGGAGAUUCUACCCCAGGCCCCCAUUGCUGUGCGGCUAGGCAAGGUAGCCAUUGACAGAGGAAUGGAGGUGGACAUCGCAUCAGGGAUGGCCAUUGAAGGGAUGUGUUAUGCCCAGUUACUGACAGGGAAGGAGACCUGGUUUCGAGGAGCAGAGCGCACCUUGGAAGCCCUCAGAUUAAGAAGGGUCUUCAACUCAGAGGGAGACUCCGAUAAUUCAUGAAAUGCAUCCUGAAGUCCUCUAGAAUGGAAGUUGCCAUCUGCUUUGCUUGAGGAUUUGCCUGACUGUGCUCCUGGAUAUCAUACAAAAGCUGCAAUCCUCCUUCUUCAACUAACAUUUUGCAGUAUUUGCUAGCUAAAAGAAAAUGAAAGACACUCUGUAGACAUCCAGCAUUUUAAAUAAUCCCAAAUCACCACAUUCACCUUUCUAAAGAAAGAGUAUAGUCAGAUACAGUGCCACACAUCUAUAAUGUGACUCAGAAGUGACUCAGAAUACUGAGACAAGAGGAUCAUAAGUUUGAGGCCUGCCUUGGCAACUCAGCAAGGCCCCAAAUUUAAAAUUUUUUUUUUUAUGGUAUUAUGUAGGAGUGUUGCCUUCUGGGUUUAAAUACUGCUCAGUUACUAGUUUCAUGAUUAGACAAGAUUUUCUUCCUUGUGCCUUAGCUUCCUCAUGUAUGAAAUGAGGAUGAUAUUUAUUCUAGGGUUGCUGUGAGAAUCACAUGUGAAAAUGCUUGUGACGUGCUUAAAGUCAUGUUUAACACACAGUAAAUAUUUAAUACAUGUCA